AUGGAGGUUUCUUCGAAAUUACCUUCGAAAUCAUACCAAAAACUGUCCAGAUUGAUCCAUGUUAAGGAUAUAUUGGGUAAUAUCAUCAGAAUUGUACAAUUUAGCGUAAAUUUGUUUAAAAUACUGGAGUUUGAAGGCAAUUUUGUCAUUAUUCUGAUUGGGAUACCUACACUAUACUCUACCAUGUUGGUGCAACAAAUAAUUAUGUUGUAUAUAAACUGCGUUUGUAUAUUAAAAGCAUGUUUUAAGAGAAUCAAUGACAAUCUGGUGCACAUGCAAAAGUUUGUAAUAAAAGAUAUGAAGCCACGUGUCUCCAAUAUAAUACGGCAUACGCAGAGAAAUGAAUUUUUGCUAACAGAACUUGGAAUUUUGAAGAAGCAACAUCUAAUGAUAAGUGACGCAGUGCAAAUACUGAAUAUGGUUUUCAGUCUGCCACUCCUUGGUAAUAUAGUCUUGUCCAUUUUCACUGUCACCUUUAGGUUGUAUCUCCAUGCAGUGCGUUGGCAAAAUGGAGUGUUUAUUGGAUUGGAUUGGCACUAUGUUGAUGUGCUUCUAACAACCAUGAUAUAUAACGUUUUAAAAAUAAUACUAAUUGUGUGGGCUUGCGAGACGGGUAAAAAUCAAGCCCAAAAAAUCGGUACUACCGUUCACGAUUUACUUAAUAGUACCAAUGAUGAGAAAAUUAAAUACGAGUUGCAACUGUUUUCUUUACAAAUAUUACAUCGUAAAAAUACAUUUUCGUUGAAAGGUUUGACAGUAGAUGCGACGCUUCUUGCAGCAAUAGUGGGGAAUAUUACCAUGUACUUACUAAUCUUGAUACAAUUCUUGAACAUAUCGUAUUCUUGCGACAGAAAAACAGCUGUCAAUGUUACAUAA